AUGACCUACACUAAACUCUUGCCACAUUUGACUCGUAAUGGUUUGAUAGUGCCAUUCCCCUUAAAGCCUAUUCAACCACCAUAUCCAAAGGGUUAUGAUCCAAAUGCCAAGUGUGAUUAUCAUGCAGGGGGUGUUGGGCAUUCAACUGAAAGAUGUUGGGGAUUAAAGCAUAAGGUGCAAGACUUAAUAGAUAUGGGUUUGCUAAGCUUUAAAGAAGAUAGUCCAAAUGUAGGGACUAAUCCGCUUCUCGGUCAUGGUUCCUCGUCAGUAAACAUUAUUGAAGAAGUGUGUGAUCAACAAGUGAAAAAUAUAGGGGAAAUCAAAACAUCUAUGAGAUUCAUCUUUUCGAAAUUGUUUAGAUUUGGGAUGAUUGAGGGAAACCUAUUGGAAGCUGAGAUGUGUGGUCUUCACCCAACUGCUAUGCAUUCUAUUGAGAAGUGCGAUGAAUUUAAGCAGAUUCUACAAGAUCUGAUUGACUCAAACUUGGUUCAAGUAAGUCAAUUUCCAAUUGGAGAGGAUGUGCUAAUGGCUCAAUCAGAAGAAAGACCAAAUGUGGUUAUCCCAAGACCAUUGGUAAUUCACUUUACUAGAAAUGUGCCUUUGCCAAAAUCAAAUAUCCAUAAGCCUCUUAUUGUGCAAGUCCCAACUCCUUUUCCUUACAAGGAUACCAAGGCAAUUCCAUGGAAGUACAACGUAGAGGUGAAGAUAAAUGGGAACAUGAAUGAACAACAAAAGAAAGAAGUCAGUGAUGGGGAAACCGAUGUUACAAAUAUUGCAGGAGUAGGUGGAAUGACCCGUAGUGGUAGGAUCUACACUCUUGAAGAAUUAAGGGAAGGAGAUAUAACUAAGAAUCUUAGGGAAAAAGAGAAAGCAACCGUCAGUGGAGGAAUUGAUCAUGUCACAAAGAACAAUGGAAAAAAUGCUAUUGUGCAAAAUGAGGAAGAGAAGAAGGAAGUUCUAGAUGAGGAAGCUUUAGAAUUCCUUAAAUUCAUUCGACAAAGUGAGUAUAAACUCAUUGAUCAAUUGGAUCGUACACCUACCAGGGUGUCCUUGUUGUCAUUGUUAAUGAAUUCAGAAAGUCAUAGAAAGUUAUUGAUGAAGAUUUUGAAUGAAGCACAUGUAGCUAAUGACAUUACACUAGAUAAAUUUGGAGGCAUCAUUGGUAACAUUAUAGCCAAUAAUCGUCUCACUUUCACAGAUGAGGAAAUCCCAGUUGAAGGAAGGGGGCAUAACAAAGCUUUACACAUCUCUGUUAGCUGGGAUAUAAUCGCCAAGCCCAUUUGA